UUGUGUGUGCGUGUGUCUGCACGUCGUGGAGUGGGUCCGUUAUUUGGAUGGUUUUCUCUACAAUUUAUUUUUAUUUUUAUUUCUUUGUUUGUCUUCGAGACAAUUUGCCAUGUCUUGUUUAUAUGUUUGGGGAUUUGUCACGUGUUGUUUGUCUGUUUGUGACGUCAAAGUGUUUGGAUUAAUAUCAGAGUGAUGUCAUGAUGUCUGCGACCUGUGAACUAAAAGCGUCUCAUGCUGUCACUUUCAGUGUCUCCACCUCAUUAACCCGCCUCACGACUUUUAAGUGAUCAAACAGAUUGUGAUUAAUUCGAAAGGAACAUGUAAUUGGAGGCAACUGAUCCGCACUGAUCCGAUUUAAGGAUCAGGGUGUGUCUCAUUACUCAGAGAGAGAGUGGAGCUGAACUCUCUCAUCAACAGUUGGGCCCUUGACGGUGUCAGUGUUUCAUUAUGCCCACCCAGCCCUGCUCUCUGUGGCCCAUCUGUCAGACCCCGUUUGCUCUCAGCACAUGCUCGGUGUUGGACUGAGUCAAAGCACCGGCAGACAACAUGAUAGCAGCGUCAGCUCCUGUUUGGAGGACUCUUCGUGUCUGCCCGGCAGACCCCCUCGCUCUCUCUCACCCACAGGCUAACCACAGCCAAUCACAGGGGUGCAGGGGGGCGGUGUCAGAGGAGACUCAGCACUUAAUUGGUGAUGGUCUCACUGACUGGAUGACGGAAGAAGUGGAUUUCUCCUCGUACCUCCCAAACCACCCUUCCCCUCCCUCCUCAACUAAUGCCUCCCUUCCCCCCUCCCCCCUUCACAAUGAUAUCCAGGUGCCCUCUGACUUGGAGGUCAUGACCUCCCUGCUGCAGGAGGAACUCGCCCAACUAGAAGACUACUUCCUGUCUGAACCAGUGCCAGAAAAAGGGCAGAGGCUGGGAAAAUGCGACAGGGGUCCACUGCCGGCGGGUCCUCAGCCGUUCAGUCAGCUGCCAUAUGCAUCAUACUCAACAUCGAACCAACCAGAGUCCAGCCCACUGCUUGUUACCCUGGCAACGGGAGAACUGGACCUGCUGAGUAUCUGUGGUGGGCCAAUUGGGCAAUCCAAAAUCCCAAGACACGCCCCGUACAGCUGCAGUCGCCCCAGUGGGUGUGGUAGGAAGAGAGUCCCCGAGAGUGUGAGGUUCAAUGAAGGCUACGAUCAAAGUUUGUUGAGUUCCAAAGGAAGCAACUCAGGUAACUUAGCAGUGAACCUCUUAAGUAACUAUGGCUGUGGAGAGGACGAGCAGCUGGUAGGAAAAAACUACUGUCUUGGUGACGCAGUCAAGGUGAGACGAUGUGCCGUUCUGUCCAAAGAGGAGAAGAACUGCUGUUUCGGUCAAGAUGUGGUCGGCGGUGCGAAGGUUGUUGGUGGAGGAUUUGGCUUUGGUGGAUCACUUGAUGGCCCGCACAAGAAAGAGGAUUUGCUGAUGUACAGCAUGAGGGAGGUCAGCGGAGUUGCCGGCAACAACGAAGUGCUGAACGGCAUCAAAGCUAGUGUGGAGGUGACAAAAGCUGGCGUUUGUUGGAAAACCGAGAGCGGCGAAAGUUGUUAUCUCCCAACAGCACCGCAGCCUGAGGCCUAUCCUAGCUUCUUAGGCAAUGUCACAGAGCAGGUCAAAACAGAGAGUCUACGGAUAGGGCAACAUGAUUUACACUGUAAUUUCCUCGAGGAUCAGGGCUCAGAGUGUCUUCUAAUGGCAAGGGAGAGUCUGGACCUGGAGUCCUCGGGGCACAGGCAGGCAUGCAGGCUGACGGACGACCACUGUGAUGCGGACUACGACCUGGACCUCACUCCGGGCGAAGGCGGUGAACGCAAACAGAAAAAGAGAGACCAGAACAAAACUGCCGCUCACAGGUAUCGCCAGCGGAAGAGGGCGGAGCUAGAUUCCUUGGAGGAGCAGUUGCACGGCCUCGAAGGGAGGAACCGGGAGCUCCGGGAUAAGGCAGAGUCCGUCGAACGUGAAAUUCAGUACGUCAAAGACCUGCUGAUCGAGGUUUACAAGGCCCGCAGCCAAAGGCUCAAGCAGGACACAACAGCGUAACGCCAGGCGCCAACGAGUACAUUCAAAGAGGGUGUAACAGGGAAAAUAUGGAGCUUUUUAAAUCUGUUUUUUUGGUCACGGUGAGAGGAUUAAAUGCAUGCUUCGCUAGUGUGAGUUAUUUUUUACGUUUAAAAUCAACACAAUGCUUCCACUGCUUUCGCACUCUAAUCACUUGAGCCUGCCCUGUGGCACAGCAACGCUUAAAAUGACAAUCAUUUCUCACAGGUCUUGCACCGAGUGAAUCUACGAAUUGAGGAUUAUUUCCUGAAUAAGUAAUGUUAUUCAUAAUGCAGGUUUAAUAUUUUUGAUAGCCUUAAAUUGGAAUUGAUGUCAGCAAUAGCACUUCAUAUAUAUAUUUUUUAAAUGUUAUUUUAAACUUUUAUUUGCAAUUACUAUUUCGCCCUCUUCAGUAGCAGAAGUCAUCAUUGUUGGUGUCAACUGCAUCAUUUUCAUUUUGAACACAUCUUUCAAACCAAAUAUUUUUUCUUAAAAUAAUUUCUAGCCACCCUUUAACAUCGAGUGAUAUUUCAAUUGACAUGAAUAUUAAAUUAUAAAGUUAUUGACUGAAAGAACCACUGACAUUCAGACGAGGAAAAAAAAACUUUUUGUCUGUCAACCUUAGCGAAUGCAUUUGAUUGACUCAAGGUUUAAUAUAGCCCUGAAUAUUAUUUUGUUAAUGGGACUUGUAUGAUUUGAGCAAGUAAUACUUCAUCUCCCUUUUCUUUUUUGGUGAAGGUCAAACAUCUAAUUCAUUUUACUCUUUGUUGUUGGAAAUGUUACUUUACUGUAUUUAUUGUUUUAUUGUCAGAUUGUUUUCCAAUCUGAAAAAUGAUCUUUUUCCUGCAGGGUUUGCAAAUAUUUUCCAAAUGAUAUAGAUUCUGUGACCAAAAGAGAACUCAUUUAAAAUGUAUAGUUUUGACGGUGGAAACAUUUUAUUGUGAUCGUGGCAAUUUGUAAUUUCUUGAGCAAAUACGGCAAAUUGUAGAAUCUGUCUUGCAGCUCAGGAUAUUAAUUUACCCUACAAUCUUACACAUGCCAGUCGAUAAUUCAUGGCAGGACAUUACAGACAACAGCUCUUCUGUCCUUACACAAUAGACAUUUCAUAGACAUACAGGUUUUUCUUAUGAAAAUAAUUGGGUUUCCAUAUGUACAAAUAUUGUAACUAUAUUAGUAGUGACUGAAAGUCUCCUUCUGCAUGUUUUUCCAUAAAUGUAUCUCUCUCUUUCUUCUCUCUCUGGAAUAGAAAAUGUAGGAUUUCAGAAAUAAGGCGGGGAUUCUUUCUCUAAACUGCUUGUUAAGGCAAUACGUUUUAUAGGCCUCUGGCUGAUCUGCACUAAUUUGUAACAACUUUUGUAUAUUCAGGGAGUGGAGUGUUUUAGCCUUUUCUUUGUGGGAAAUUAACUUUCAAAAAAAAAUUGAAUUAGAUUAUUUGUUGAGGCUUUUGCUGUAAAAGGAUACUGUCUAAAUUAUUUUCCAGUUAUUUUGUUGCUAUUCUAAAAAUUUCUGUUGAACAUACUUAUACACUGAGGAUAUUUUGUUCUAUGCAUAUUUAAGACAUCUUUGAUUAUAUUGGCGGAUUUGUGGACAUUUAUUUAAAUUGUUUGCCCCCUCUGCGGUGUACUAUCAACUGCGAUUGUAAAAACCAAAAACAAAUGUGAAGCCUGAUGACAGCGUACUAAAAAGCACAUAAGGGUUUGCAAUGUUAUUUAAUUGAAUCAUAAAUCCAUAUUUACUUUGUGUCGCCAACUUUUCUCCAUUUCAAAAUAAAAUGCCAAACCCA